AUGGAACCAACUACAAAAAAGAGGAAGUUGGCUCCCAAGGUCAACGCUUCGUCGACCCCCAAUUGCUCGCCUGCCGUGCCUGCUACUGCAGCUGCUGCUGCUGCCGCCGCCGUCGCUGCCACUACUGGCCAGCACCCCAACGAACCUUCGCUUUCACAGAGCCAGCUCUAUCCGGCCCAUGAUGCGCCGCUUUCCGAACGUCAAGACUUUGAAUCCUUUGCCCGACAUCUUCAAGAUGCUGCCAUGUUGAUUCAGCGUCAAACCGAAAGGCCGCCAUAUGCUGAUGUUUCCGUUUUGCUGUUGAGCUGGGAGGAGGAUCGUUCUGUGGAUGACGACGUAGCCGCCUUUGAACAAUUACUGCAAGAUAAAUACAACUACGCCACGCAACGAUGGCAGAUCCCCACCGUACCAAACCCAAGCAUCAAGCUCGGCGUACAGAUGGCAUCUUUUCUUGAAAAUGCCCGGCCGAAACACUUGUUGAUAAUAUACUAUGCGGGACACGGCUAUGUUGGUGUCGAUGGCCAUGUGUACUGGGCUUGCAAUGGCCGUGAAGAUGCCGCCAAGCUCAAGUGGGAUGGAGUGAGGUGUUUGUUCGAAGAUGCGCAGUCCGAUAUUCUUCUGCUCCUAGAUUCCUGUGCAACAACUGAUCCUCCUACCGCAGGUAGCCAUGGCAUAAAACAGGGCAUCGCCGCCUCCACCCCUGAACAUGGCUCAAGGGAACAGGGCAGUCACUCUUUCACGGCUAAUUUAAUUGAAGCCCUACAGAAAUUACAUUGCGGACGUCCCUUUAGCGUCAAUCGCCUCUACGAGGAACUCGUGGCACAGAGGCAGCCCCAAAACGCACAAGUUGCCAGAACUCAGACCACCAAUCCAGGCGCGCCCCUGCAAAGCCGAUUGCCACUGUUAUUCACCCUGACGCCAGGUAAAAGCCAGCAUCUCACCAUGGCACCUUUGCCGUCGCGGCGGCUCACUGGACCGACUCAAAACGGCGGUGAAGCGUCCGAGGGCCAGGUCGCUCGAGUACGCGAGGAUCAGCUUAUUGAUCCGGAGUCUGCAGCCGACAUCCGAUUUGACGAAGCUCGCGUACUGGUUUGUACGACAUUCGUUGGCGAUGCCAGUACCGACAUGUCAUAUUUCAAUCAAUGGCUCCAAGAUACGCCACCGCUUGCUUCUAAGAUUGCGGUGGAGGGAAUGUUCCUGGGUCCGCCAACCAUGCUUCUCAUUUCCAUGCCCCAUUCGAUAUGGACUGUCGUACAGCACGACAAAGUAUGCUGCUUCCUUGGAUACGUGAGCUCACACAAUAUGCUUCAUCUGUAUGAAAGACUGGUUGGGCCGACCGACGUUCGGCCGUCUGCGAAGGAGGUUGAGGACGGCAGAAUACUGUUGGAGGCGAGGGAACUAGCAGCCGGUACACCUGCGAGGGCGGCACAUCGGCGAGACGCUGACGAACACCAUGAUCACCUUUUCCACUCCUCUGCUACUCGGGAACACCCGGGAUCGCUGGCGCAAAGCAGCUCGUCACCGGCGACGUUCAGCCUGGGAACCCAAAAGCCCAAGAACGAAGUGGAAGACUCGGCGGAAAUGCAGGAAGCAGCAGAGCAACUAAAGGCUUUAAGCCAUGUGCGCCAUCGAAGCGACGAGGCGAACAAUGUGGCGGAGAGAGCCCGAACUAACUUGCCGGAUGGGUUGUCAAACGAGACACAUCGAUUGCCUCAAGACACGAGCGACGUCGCGGUUGAUGAUUCGGCAAUGCUGAUGGAUAUUAAACUGACACCUAAUUCAAAAUCCAAGGGUCCUCGGCGAUCCGUCUUUAAGCAAGAGUAUCGAUGCAAUCAUUGUAGUCAUGCCCCAUUUAAAGAUUCGUCGUCGCUUCGCAAGCAUAUUGCUGCUGCGCACACGAGGCCGUUUCCUUGCGCGUUUUCCUUUGCCGGCUGUACAAGUACAUUUGGAUCCAAGAACGAGUGGAAGCGGCAUAUCGCCUCCCAGCAUCUCUGCUUGCAGUACUACCGCUGUUCUGCAUGCCCGCAGACGGCAGCAGAAGGCAAGGGCAACGAAUUCAACCGGAAAGACCUCUUUACUCAACACUUGCGUCGAAUGCAUGCCCCAUUACAAAUCAGGCGAGCAGUAUCACAGGGAGACGGGCAGCUGCAAUCAAAUUGGGAUGCGCAAGUCAAGGAGAUGCAACAAUCCUGCCUAGUGACACGACGCCAACCACCGCAGCGAGCAUCAUGUCCCAAACCAGACUGCCGAAAGGAGUUUGAUGGGGCGAGUGCAUGGGAUGAAUGGACAGAGCACGUUGGACGCCACAUGGAAAAGGGAGAAGGGCCUGUGCUUGGAGCGGAUGGGCUACUGGCGCAGUGGGCUUUGGACGAAGGAAUCAUCGAACUCAAGGGCGAUGGAGGUUAUCGAUUAUGUGCCGCCAACGGACUGCUCGGGACGUCGCAAAGCAGCUCGGGGCCAGUGCUAGACCGAAAGGACUCAAUGACUAUGUCGUUUGCCACGGACUCAUCGCAACUUGAGGAUACGUUGAUGGAGGAUUCGAAAUCAGGUGAUGGCGAGGUCGAUGCGAGCCAUGUGACCGCGGUGUAG